AUGGAGCGCGGUGCAUCUCACGGACAUAUUGUUCAGGAUUUCCGGGAGGGCUCCGUCGCGCAGUCGUCUGUUGAAGAAUUCUCCGGAGGUUCAUCAGAAACUCCGAGUGAAGUGGAUCCCUGUUCUGUGAGGUAUUUGCAUGAGCUCGUCGACGAGUUGCGCCUUUUGCGCCAGUGUUUCGCGGGCAUGCCCGAGCAGCCGCAGCAUGCUUUAAGACAGGUUUGCAUCGAAAUCGACCGCGUCUGGGCCUCCUUAUGCUCUCCCGACGAUAGCAGUACCCAGGACGACCUGUCAUCAACCAACAGUUUUUCCAGACAGUCAUCCCAGGAUUCGUCUGCAACACAACCAUAG